CCACAUUCCCGCCGUCUCUCUCCGCCCAUCUUUUCUGCACUUAUAUCAACCGGAAAUGCUACACACAACCGUCACGGACGCCAUGGAAACCGGCACAGAGAUGACCGUUCUUGAGCGCCACCAAUCUCGUCUGAAAUGGCACCAAGAAGAACAGCACCAAAUAUUAACUUACUUGGGCGGAGGCAAUGAUCAUCUGGUGACCGGAAUGUUCCCCCCGCCACCGGAAAUUCAAGAAUUUCAGAGUCUCGGCGACCUCGUGACGCGGGCUAUGAAGCCGGAGAAUGUAUGGAGUGAUUUUAGCGGUUUAGGACUCGGGCAGGAGACGGACAUUGGAACCAAUUACAGAAUUUCCAGAACCGCCAGCAGCCCGGCCGCCGUAGCAGAGGACGGGAAAAGGAAAGAAGCCCCCCCGCCGGAGAACUUAAAGAGGAGGAAAGCCGAGAAGAAACAGAGCACAACAGAACAGAGUGGCAACAAAAACAACAAGAAAGAAUCAUCGUCUGCUACCUCGGAUGAUACAAAGCCUGACUACAUUCAUGUCAGAGCACGCCGUGGCCAAGCCACUGAUAGCCAUAGCUUAGCUGAAAGGGUAAGGAGGGAAAAGAUCAGUGAAAGAAUGAAAUACCUGCAAGAUCUUGUACCAGGGUGCAAUAAGAUCACAGGGAAAGCUGGAAUGCUUGAUGAAAUAAUCAACUAUGUCCAAUCUCUUCAACGACAAGUAGAGUUCUUAUCAAUGAAACUGGCUGCUGUUAAUCCAACAAUUGAUUUCAACAUUGACAGUUUCUACACAAAAGAGGUUUAUGAAGUGAGUGGAUCUAAUUAUCCUGCAGAAAUGUUCAAUUCAUUGCAGCAAUGUUCUGAAAUGGAGAAUGGUGUGAACCCUUCGGCCAUGGCGCUUCGGAGAACCAUUAGUGCUCCCAUAUCGCUGCUAGACUCCACUGCAAAUCAAAUUCAGGCAUCUUCAGCUUGGGAUGCUGAGAUACAGAACUUGUAUGCAAUGGAGUUCCAACAAGGAAGAUCAACAACAUCCUUUCUUUCACAGCCAUUUAUGGGUUUCAUAGAAGGUGGCAACACAAGGAUGGCAAUCUGAACUGGAAUUAUAGAUCAGAUCAUACAAUUUCUUCAAUAAUGCUCUUCAAAAGUUACCAAUUCCCAUUGUUUUUCUUCCCAAGUACAUACCAUAUGUAUUUGUAUGUAUACAGGCAGUGUAGAAAUGCCAUAGUGCUAAUAUUGCUAUCAAUUUGUCCUGUCUGCUAUGUCUCAUCAAUCAACUGAGAUCUUGUUACGUACUGAAAUUUAGUACGUGAAUGCCAAUUAUUCUAUUAAUUACA